GGCAUGAUACUGUACUGUUUCACACCAAUCACAGGUUAUAUCACCAACACUCCCAAGGCUGCCAUGCUUGCAGCUGUUGGGGGAAAGACUUCCCUGAUCACCAUGGCAAUGCACAAACAGUUCAGAGACCCAUUCCAACAUGAGCCACAAACCAUGUCCACCACUCUGGCUCAGCUCACAGUGGUGAAAUCGAAGGUCCACCCUACAAACAUCCAAGUCUUCUUUUGCAAAGCACAGUGCUUUCGCCUCAGCAGAGUUAGUGACCCAUUUUGGAGGGACAUUCCACUUUCUUGUCCAAGCACUUUUAUAACUCUGGAGCCCCUUCACCACCUGCACAAGGAAUUUUGGGACCAUGACAUGAAGUGGUGCAUAAAUGCAGUUGGUGAAGCCAAAAUCAACUUU